AUGGCAAAGGAUGAUGAUAACUCGGCUCUCCCAAAUGGCAAAGCACAAGCUACCGAGCGACUGCAUCAAGUUUCGUCACAUAUAGCUCCGCCAACUGACACGCCACAAGAGACCAAAUCAAAAUCAAAGGCCAGAGCAUCUCGUCUUCCUGCAGACCACUCUGAUGUCCUAGGUCAAAUUGCCACGCUUCGCGCCAUUGCCGCAAAGCCAGACCCCAAUCAUCGGGGUUAUGUGCGACAAAAGCAGGCCGGGAAACUAUGGGUGCGCGAACGUAUUGAGCAGCUGCUUGAUCGCAAUACCUUCCAAGAAAUUGGAUCGGUGUCGGGCACCGUUCAAUGGAAGAAGACGGCGCCCAUGUGCGAGACCCCCGUGUCAUUUGUGCCCAGCAAUAAUGUCCAGGGCGCAGGCAUGCUCCGUGGCAGGAAGAUCUUGCUCACUGCUGACGACUUUAGCAUCCGGUCUGGGCAUGCUGACGGGGCAAGUGCUGGCAAGACCGUGUAUGUUGAAAAGCUGGCUAUUGCAUUACGGCUGCCUGUGGUGAAGCUGGUCGAUGGCAGCUCUGGUGGCGGUAGCGUGACGACUAUUCGCAAGGAAGGAUGGAGUUAUCUGCCGCAUGUAGCGCCGUUCAAGCAUGUUGUUCAGCAGUUGAACAUGGGCAUUCCUAAUCUCGGUGCUGUAGUUGGACCUGCUAUUGGUCUUGGAGCCGCGAGAGUUGUCUCCUGUCAUUUCUCGGUUAUGGCAGCUGACAUAGGUGCGCUCUUCAACGCCGGUCCGAAGGUUGUUGAGGGCGCUACCUUCGAAGAAGAUCUGGACUUCCAGGACCUGGGCGGGCCGAAGGUGCAUUGCAUGAACGGCACCAUUGACAACCUCGCCGCCAAUGAAGCUGAGUGCUAUGAGCAAUUACGGGUUGUGUUGAGCUAUCUCCCCAAUUCCGGGAGUGAAGCUCCCCCGGUGGUUCCCAGCAGUGACCCCGAAGACCGCGAGGAUGUAGGUCUGCGCAGUGUUAUUCCCCGUCGGCAAGCGCGCAUGUAUAAUCCUCGAGCAAUUAUCAUUUCUGUCAUUGAUAAAGACUCGUGGUUUGAGAUUGGCGCGCUUUGGGGCCGGACUGCCAUUGGUGGGCUCGCACGGUUAGGUGGCCGUCCUGUCGGCGUGAUCUCGCUCAAUUGCGAAGUGAAUGGCGGCGCAUUGGAUGCAGCUGGUAGUCAGAAAUUGACUCGGCUGUUGAAGCUGUGUGAUGUCAUGAACAUGCCCGUGCUACAGUUCCUCGAUGUCCCUGGCUAUGCAAUCGGCACAGUGGCUGAACGCACCGCAACCAUGCGUUGGGGUGUUGAGCUCGCCAAAGCAUACUACACUACCACAGUCCCGAUCUUCAACGUAAUUACGCGCCGAGUUUUCGGCGUCGCCGGCGGCGUGAUGCUCAGUAGCCGCGAUCCCGUCAUGCAAGUUGCCUGGCCGUCCGGUCAGUGGGGCUCGCUGCCGCUCGACGGCGGUAUCGAGGUGGGACAUCGUCAUGAGCUGCGCGAGGCAGAGAAGCUUGGCAAGAAGGAGGAGCGCUACCAGGAGUUGGAGGAGGAGUACCUGCGGCUGAUGAAUCCUGUGCGCACGGCAAAUUCGUUUGGGGUAGAGGAGAUUAUUGAUCCUAAAGAUACGAGGCAGGUGUGCUGUGCGUGGGCGUCGCAUGUAUACGAGGUGCUUAUGCGGGAAAGGAUUGCGGAUCGGGCAGCAGGGAGGAUUCAGCCUUCAUUUGCGUAA